UGGACUCUGCCCUGCCCAGAGGCCAUGUGACUCCCAUCCGUGUGUGUAUGCAAGAGCAGCCGAAGGAGGUCUGUUACUAUGUAAGAUGACAGCAAGUCAUAUUGAAAGCCUCAAGAGACUGAAGAAACUUGUAUGACGCACAGCGGAGGUGAAACCAUUUGGGGAGACGGCUUCUUCUUCUUCUUCUUACACAAAGUUUCUUCAGGUGGCCUCAGACUGAUCAGGACUCAGUAUGGCUCUGCUCAUCCACAUGCUGGCCUGUGCCUUCGGACUGGGCUCCUGGGUGGCAGUGAACGGCCUGUGGGUGGAACUACCGCUCAUCGUCAACACACUCCCUGAGGGCUGGGAGCUCCCCUCCUACCUGACAGUUAUCAUCCAGCUGGCUAACCUGGGACCUCUGCUAGUCACACUCAUGCACAAACUAUGUCCGGGGCGCCUAAAAGAGCAUGUUGUCAUAUACACCAUCCUCUCCAUCGGCAUCCUGUCCUGCAUCCUGCUCGCCUUCUUCUGGGACAAGACUACAAUUUUGGCUGGAGCUCCUCACAGCACUGCCUUCUUCAUCAUCACCUUCUUCCUCUCGCUGGUGGACUGCACUUCCUCAGUUACUUUCUUGCCUUUCAUGAUGCAGCUUCCCGCAGUAUACAUCACCACUUACUUUAUUGGGGAAGGGCUCAGCGGUUUCAUUCCUGGCAUAGUCGCCCUGGCUCAAGGUGUCGGCAUUGCCAAAUGCGUCAACACUUCCCAAACUGUAGGAAACCACACGGAUGGAAACAAGUGGUCAAUACAUACUGAGUAUCUUCCUCCAAACUUCUCCACUGAGGUGUUUUUCUUCUUCCUAGCGGCCAUGAUGUGCAUAAGUCUGGCUGCUUUUAUUGCACUGAACAGACUUCCUCGGACAUACGAGCUGUCCACUGAAAACCUUGUGCCAGACUCUGUGGCAUCUGUCUCCCCCGGCCUGGACAACCCCGGAGCAGAGAUGGAUGGAGAGGACAUGAAAUGCCAUCGUGAGGCGGCUGCCGAGCGCAAACCUCUGCAGGCAGGCCCAAAACACUCAGUGUACCAGAUGACUUUCAUCUACUUUCUGGUGGUGUGGGUUAAUGGUGCAACCAACGGCCUGCUGCCCUCUGUGCAGACAUACUCCUGCAUGCCUUACGGGAAUCUGGCCUAUCACCUCUCUGCUGCUCUGGCAUCAGUGGCAAACCCAAUAGCUUGCACCAUUGCAAUGUUCUUCCAAAACAGGUCACUGGUGUUUCUUGGCAUGCUGACGGCAUUGGGGACAGGAUUUGCCAGCUAUAACAUGGCAAUGGCAGCUAUGAGUCCGUGUCCUUUACUUCAAGGGACUGCAGCGGGGGAGGCGAUCAUUGUGCUCUCGUGGCUCUUCUUCACUGGGACGCUGUCUUAUGUUAAAGUGAUGGUGGGUGUCAUCCUGAGAGACCGGAGCCACAGUGCCCUGGUCUGGUGCGGAGCUGCAGCACAGAUAGGCUCACUGGUCGGUUCGGUCACCAUGUUUCCUCUGGUUAACGUCUACCGGCUCUUUACAUCAGGAGACUUCUGCAACACUAAAUGUCCCUUAUGACAGCACUGAGAGGGAGGCUGGAUAGGUUUUUUAUUUAAAAGGAAUAGUCCUUAUUUGCUUUGUUGCCAAGAUUUUUUUAUAACAACAAUGUAUAAUGUAUAAAAUAUAAUGUAUAAUAUAAAAAUGUAUAAUGGUCGGGGUCGUGUUCAACACAAAUCAAUAAAGGCCCCAAAAAACAGGUCACUCCUGGUGCCUGUUUUAUAAUGUGCACACCAAUUAAUCAUAAUUUACAUUUUUACUGCUUUAAUUUAAUACAUUCAACGAUAUAAUCAUGUUAUUUUCAACACUUUGUUGUUCUGGAUUACUCAUCUAAAGUAUUGUUGCCAUAUUUCAGUCACUGUGUGCUACAUUCCUCAUGAUCCUUGUUGAUGAUUCACGAUCCAAACAUGCAAAACCCUGUUUAUAAGUUUUGAUAUUUUAAAAGUUUAUUCCCUGAAUAUAGGAGAUGAACGCUGGUUUUCAAUUACAUUUAAGUCUUUUUAACUGAUCUACAGUUCAGCUUUACUGUUUGGACUUGCUGGGCCUGAUUUUGGCACUUUGAGCUGCUGACAGCUGCUGUAUAGAUACCUCAACAUGGUUAAUGGAGCUAACGGCUAACCUCCACUGUAGAAUAGCCUCCAAUUCACAUUUUGUGAAGCAUCUUGAAACUCUAGUUUUGAAAGGCGCAAUCUAAAUAAAGUUUAUUAUAAUUAUUAUUAUAUAUGUUAAUGUCUCAGCCAUCUGUAGUUUGUAGUAAUGUAUAAGUGUCACAACAUGGCAGUAGCUACAUUUGAAGCACCAUAUGGGAGCCGUGUUGGUGACUGAAUUUGCCAAAAUCAUCGACCUGCAGAAUCGGAGAGGAAAAGCAUUUCCUAAUCCAUCUGCAGACUCGCAGUAACAACAUGACAAACCGACUUACGUACGCACCUGCCACCCAUUUUCUGUCAAGGCUGCUAAUGUUAUUGAAAAUAAAAUAAAAUGUGCACAUCAUAUUCAAUGAAGGAUUUUUUAUCAGUACACACAUUUAUAAAACAGCGGUAUGCCUACACGCACAUAUACAGUAGAUGCAGUUUUUUUGUUUUUAAAAAAAAUCUUUGUACAGUUACUUUGUUUUUUGCUUCCCUGUUCAUCUGUAGCAGCACUUGUUUGACCUGCUUUUGGACACACAGUCAUGGAAAUAGAGUGCUGCUUAAAGCUGUCCACUGUUAUGCGACUGGUGAAUUUAUUAUAUAAUUCACAAGUGUGGAAACGAUGUUUGGCUUCGAUGAUGUUGAUAAGAAUAAUCGUUGAUGAUGUUUAGGUCGCAGGACUCAUGAACUUCAUAAGCAUGUUUUAGUUUAGUUUAAUUUAGUUUACUGGUUUGAGUGUGGGUACUUCAGCUUCCUCCCACAGACCCAAAACAUGCAGGUUUGGUUAACAGGUGAAUGUGAGUAGGUUUGAAUGAUCGUCUGUCUGUAUACUGUAUUUUAGCCCUGUGAUUGACUGGCAAAAUGUCCAGGGUGUACCUCGCCUCUCGCCCAGUGUCGGCUGAGAUUGGCUCCAGCCCCCCUCCACCCUCUAGAGGAUAAGCAGGAUAGAAAAUGCAUGGAUAGAUGGAUGGAUAGAUGGAUGGAUGGAUGGAUGGAUGGAUGUAUGAUUUGCAGAACUUAUUUUGCAUUCAAUGGUUAUUUACGGCUAUGCAUGUCUAUUGGUGGAUUAACUAAAACCAAAACCCAAUAUUACUGUACUGUACAGACUGAUUUAUGUGGGAAAGAACUUGCACUUAUUAUUGUCAAUGCUCAUUUGCAUAGCUGUGUUUGCCCUGUUAUAACACAUCUGUGAAUAAAGUCUAUCAAUUAAGAACUAUACAAAACCGCCACCAAAUAAACACAUUAGAACCAGUGAAAUGGGCCAUUAGGGCCAAAAAAAUCCUGUGGGGAAAAAAACUAAUUAGAUAGUUUUGUCAGGUGUGCAUUUCCUUUCAUCUUCCUGCACAGUGGUUUUCAAACAGAGUCGUGACACUGAUGUGAACAGAUAUGUUGUGGGAAGGCUGUAAUGAUUGUAAUGCAUCUUUUUCUUAAAGGGAAACUUAAAUAUUUUUCAAGCAUUUUAUUGUGUCUAAGUGACUAAUGGGGACAACAGUUUUUGAAAUUGGUCCAUUAUUGAGUAAAGGCCACAAAAUUAACUGCAAUGUUAAUCCGAUAGGAUAAUGUCCCGUUAAUGUACGUCCACUACAAGUAGUUGUUUUUGCCACUGACAGGCUCAGAUUGUUAUACCUGUCUGACAACAUUAUGGAAAGAACUAUACAGAGAAAUAAAACU